AGGCAGCGCCGCGGCGUGGGAGCGCGCCUCGUGGGAGCUGGGGCUGGCCACCUGGGAGGCCCCCGGCUGCGCGUGCAGCGGCGCCUGGGACGACUUCCGCCGGCUCCUCAACUGGACGGUCGUCCACGCCGGCGCCGACACCCCGCUCGAGGCCACCCCCCACGGCGAGCGGCUCUGCCAGCGCCACGCCGAGCCGCUGGUGCUCGCGUCGCUGGGCCGGGACCUGCUGGGCCUCGCGCGCGAGGGCGCCGUCGCCGAGAGGCAUCCGUGCCCGGCCGGCCUGGCCGCCGCGCUGAGCCUCUGCGCGGCGGUCGCCUCGCACAGCCAGCAGGCCGCCCUCGAAGAGGGCGGCGGCGCUCGGCCGGGCCGCGGGGCCGACGAGGCCGCGGCGGCGGCCGCCGGCGAGGACGGCGUGGACUGGGCGGCGGCGUUCGCGGCCUGGCCGCACCGCCUCCCGCAGGACUGCUCCAGCAGGGCCCCGUGCCGGGCGCACCUGCAGGCGUACCUCGCGGUGCGGGUGCUGUUGCACUGCCUGCACUGCCUGGAGGCCUCGCCGUGGCCCGUGAGCGGCAGCGAGAUCCUGGACAACGCGAUGCUGUGGCUCCGGGCCUCGCACGCCGCGCCAGGGCGUGACCUGCCACCGCCGUGGCGCGGUGCCCUGGCCGCCCAGCGCGCCAAGAGGAGGCCCGGGCUCGUCCUGGCGGGCCUCUUCGCCGGCUCCGAGGCCUUCGGCGGGGACCCCUCUGGUGUCUCGGAUCUGCUGAGGCAGGUGGCCGAGGGCUGGGCGCCGCCGCCGCCGACGGCGGGCCGGCUUCCGCCGCCAGCGGGGCCCGGCACGGCGGCGCGGCACUUCGCGAGCAUCUUCGGCGCGCUGGCGCGGCCCGGGGACUUCGGGGCGAGGGGGCCGCUGGGCGUGCGCGCGCGCCCCCACGGGGCGGACUUUGCGGGGCGCCGCGCGGGCCUGCGCUUCUUCGUGUACGGCCUGCCCCGCGAGGCGCACUCGGGCCUGCUCGCCCUGCUGCACGGGAGGGUGCGCGAGGCCACCGCGACGCCCUGCAACUGCGACUUCGGGCUUUCGCAGUGCACCGAGCACUCCACCAGCCGGCGGCGCCUUCUCGGGCUACCGGCCCUACGCCGCGGAGGCGACGUUCUUGGCGAAGCUGCUGUCCGCGCCC